GAAGAUGAUGCGGCUGAGCAGUGUGCACGGACCGGGUGCGUGACUGGCCUACCGACCGUAGCUAUAGCUCUCCCUCUGCCUUGUCCAGCUUCUUGCCAAAUUGCUGUUUCAUGUCGAACUAGAACCGGGGUGAGAGUAGAAGGUGAUUAGUAGAAGAAGAAGAGGGAAAAGGAGAAGAGCAGGAUCGGGGAGGAGGAGAAGAAGACAAAGAGGACUGGGAGGAACUGGGCAUCAAAUUGCACCGGAUGUCAUUGCAGGCUCAUAAGUAUCGAGGAUUGUAAUCGAGACCAAAGGCAGAGCCAUGGAGGUUGUAACACAUUUUGUGAAUGACACUGUAGAAUUUUACAAAUGGAGCCUUUCUAUAGCAGACAAGAGGGUGGGGAACUGGCCCAUGAUGUCGUCUCCUCUCCCCACACUGGCCAUCAGCUGCCUGUACCUGCUUUUCCUGUGGGCGGGGCCUAGAUACAUGCAGGAUCGCCAGGCCUACACACUGCGGAAGCCCCUCAUAGUCUACAACUUCAGCAUGGUUGUCCUCAACUUCUACAUCGCCAAAGAGCUCCUUAUAGCCACCAGAUCAGCAGGAUACAGCUACCUCUGUCAGCCUGUCAACUACUCCAAUGAUGUCAAUGAAGUCAGGAUAGCAUCUGCUCUUUGGUGGUACUACGUCUCCAAAGGAGUGGAAUUCUUGGAUACAGCGUUUUUCAUCCUGAGGAAGAAGUUCACCCAGGUCAGCUUCCUCCACGUCUACCAUCACUGCACCAUGUUCAUCCUCUGGUGGAUCGGCAUCAAGUGGGUCCCUGGUGGACAAGCAUUUUUUGGGGCAACCAUCAACUCUGGCAUCCAUGUCAUCAUGUACGGUUACUAUGGUCUGGCAGCGCUGGGACCUCACAUGCAAAAGUACCUCUGGUGGAAGAAGUACCUCACCAUUAUUCAGAUGAUACAGUUCCAUGUGACAAUCGGCCACUCAGGCUACUCCCUCUACACCGGCUGUCCGUUCCCCCUCUGGAUGCAGUGGGCUCUGAUUGGUUACGCGGUCACCUUCAUCAUCCUCUUUGCUAACUUCUACUACCACGCCUACCGCGGCAUGCCUUCCUACACCCAGAAAGGAGGCAAGCCCGUCACAAAUGGCUCAACUGUGGUAACUAAUGGCCACGUUAAAGUGGAGGAAGUGCAGGAUAAUGGAAAAAGGCAAAAGAAAGGAAGAGCCAAAAGAGAGUAAAAGAAAAAAAACGGUAAAGGGGAUUGCUUUGUGGUAAACAAAAAAAAAAAGAAAGAAAGAGGAUAGUUGUUUUAAAAGCACAGAGAAGGAAGGGAUUGAACAGAGAGUUCAAACCAGGCGAGCAUCCUUGCAAAUAAAGUAGACGGUUUGUGACCAACUGGAGGAGAUGAACGGGUAGCAUUGUGUGUUUGUGGAUGUGUCAGUAAUGGUUUGAAGAGAGGAGAGAGGGGUGGAAAACGCUGUAGUCUCUGUGCUCUCUGUGCUCUUCUGUCCAAACGUGUUCUGGACCAUCAUAGGACCAAAGUUUUUCAAGGAUAUACAUCCUGCUCAGUAUUCACUAUCUCACCAACCAAAUUUCACCUCCAUUUUUUUGUACUCUGGAUUCCAGUGUUGUUUGUAAAUGAAAGUUGAAAUAGUUUUUAAUGGUAAAUUAUUUUCUAGUGCUCUUAAAGAGUUGUAAUGGGUUUAACUAACAGAUCAUGAAGACUUUCCCUCAGCAAUGGGGAAAAUAUUUGUUUAAACAAGUUUAGCAAAAACCAAAAAAAAAGAAUCAAUCACAUUCUCAUGACCUUGUCAUGGACUUUAUGCUCCUGUGAUGUCCCCAACUCAUAUAACAUUGCUGCAUUUACAUUAACGACAUGCUGUCUUCUUUGUGUUCAUGUGAAUUAAAAGUCCUCAUGUAAAGGGAGGGGAUGUAGUUUCUUUUAGUAUUUAUGAAAACUUGUGGAAAUAUUUGUUUUAAUAAAAAUGUACUGUGGGUCUUGUUGAUUUAUUUAUGUUCUUCCUGCUGUGCAACGUAGCUGAUGUGCAAGAAUAUACUGUACACUCCAUGUCAGGCUCAGUUCUAUCUCACUGCCACGUACGACUGAAGGGGA